UUCCUGCUUUCACUUUGCUGCCGAGCUCAGGCCCUGGAUGGGGGUGGUUGUUCUCCCGGCCCCCCCCCGGCGUUAAAGGUACAAAAGGAGAAGGAGUGUGGGCGUGUGGAGCAGUAAGAGGAGAGCAGCACCCAGCAGCACCUCAGGGCACCCACAGCUCUUCAGAGGUCCAGAGCUGGAGCCAUGGCAGGGGACGGGGAGCUCAGACGCGUCAUCAAGGACCUGCAGAAAACCAUUGCUGAGCUGAAUCGCAGCUACAAGGAGCAGAACCUGCCGGUGACGGAUGGCAGCCGGGAGCUGCACAGCCUCUGUGCCCAGCUGGAAUUCCUCCUGCAGUUUGAUCUGAAGGAGAAGAAGAGCUUUUUUGGGCAGCGCAAGGACUACUGGGACUUCUUGUGCCAGGGCCUGGCACAGCGUCGGCAGGAGCACGAGGGCAUCCGCUUUGUCACCUCGCUGGACAAGCUCAAGACCCCUGUGGGCAGAGGCCGUGCCUUCCUGCGCUACUGCCUGGUGCACCGGCAGCUAGCCGAGUCCCUGCAACUCUGCCUGCUCGACCCCGAGAGCCUCAGUGAGUGGUACUACGCCCGCAGCCCCUUCCUGAGUCCCCAGCGGCGGGCUGAGAUACUGGGCAGCCUGUACGAGCUGGAUGGCAUCACCUUCCACCUGGCCCUGCACAGGGCUGACCUGGACACUGCCUGGCCCAUGUUCUCUGAGACACUGGUGCGGCCCAGUGUGCUGAAGAUGACCCUGCAGACAGAAGGUAGCAGCACGGGGGUACAUAGAUGUCCUGAUGGCAUCGCCCAGCCAGUUGCAGUGCCCCAUGGGAUGCCAGCCUAUCCCAGCCCACGGGCAAAGGGUGAGGAGGAGGAUGAUGUGGAAGCAGAAGAGAAUGGAGAGGAAGACACAGAGGACAACAAAAAUGAGGAGGACAACGAAAAGGAGGAGGACAUGCCGAGCACUGCUGAAGCACAGUGUAGCACCAACGCGGAUCCCAGCCCGACCCCAACACCCGACCCGGGGCUCACACCCGGCUCCCCAGCCCAUAGUGCGAUGGAGGCAUCCCUGCGAGCACAGGUGUCUCAGCUGCGUGCCGAGCUGGGGCGGCGGGAGGAGGCCUGGCGUGCCCAGCUGGAACGGGAGGAGCGGCAGCACCGGCAGAAAGAGGAGUGCAGCACCCAGCAGGUCCGGCUGUGGGCCCUUGAGGCCGAGGCGCUGCGGGACACCAACGCCUUCCUCAGCCGAACGCUGGCCGAGGCGGCGGGUGGCCCAGGGGGGCUGGCACAGGCACAGGAGGAGGCUCGGCAGUGGCGGGAGGUGGCGGAGGAGCGGGCAGCACGCCUGGACGAGGCAAUGGCAGAGGUGGCAAUGCUGACCUCGCGCCUGCAGGAGUGCCAGGCUGCAAUGCAGGCACGGGGACAGACAGACGCCCCAGCCCAGAUGGCCGCCCUGGAGGAGGUGCUGCGGCGGGCACUGGAGCUCUCCCAUGGCCCACUGAUGGACAAUCAGGAAGAGGGGGACCCCAGCACGGCUGCUGGCAUGGCAAUGCGACUCACGGCCCUGGUCACAGCAACACGGGAGGAAGCCUUGCAGAGCAGGCAGCAGAUCCAGGCCCUGCAGGAGGAGGUGGUGCGGCUGCAGGAGCAGCUCAGCAGGGCUCGUCAGGACGGGGAGCGCUGGGCAUCAGCCCUGCAGCGGACGCAGCGGGAGGUGCAGGAGCGGGAGGCCAUGCGUGGCGCAGAGCAGGCACGGCAGCAGGAGCUCAUCCGCGACAUGAAGGGGCGGCUGCUGGAACUGCUGCGGGAGAAGGAUGCCCUGUGGCAGAAGACAGAGGGCAUUGACGCACCAGCACCCAGCCCAGCGCCCCGUGAUGUGGGGCUGUGCGCCCGCUGUGGCAAGGAUUUUCGCCUCCUGUCCCGGCGGUACAGCUGCAGGUGGGCACGGGAGGACACCGGGGAACAUAGCAGGGAUACCAACCACCACCACACACCUACCAUCUGCUCUCUCAGCAGGCUGUGCCAGGGCAAGGUGUGCCACGUGUGCUCCAUGGACAUGGGGAAGCAGGGGCGAUGCUGCCUGCUCUGCUACCAGCAAAGGCACCCACAGGCUAUGUGAGCUGGGAGGACAUUCAACCUGCUGUGCCUGGGAUAUGGGGCCGGCGGGUAGGUCCUGCUGCUCUGGUUUUCAGGUUGUGAUGUCUUUUGCAUGGCUGGCCCAUGGAGAAAGAAACAACCCGGUGCUGACA